GAAGAACAUAAUAGACCUCGCGUUCACUAUCCCCUACUCUCCUUCAAAUACUCUCCGGAUACUACAUGCAUUUCUUCUGCUCCACCAUAACAAACUAUACGAACCCACUUUUAAUUCUCUUUAUCCCGCUUAUCUGUGAUUGAUUCUAUCUUCUUCAGUCAUCAUCAUCAUCAUCAUCAAUUUUGUGAUAAGCUGUCUAGAGAGAGUGAAGUGGGAGAGAGGAAAUUGACAGCAAGAUGAGAUGCUUUCACUUUUUACAUUCAAAUUAGAAUCCGAGAGUGAAGAAACUCAUUAAUCAGAAUUUAUCAGAGAAGGUCAGAAAAAAGGUCUCCUUCGUACCAUCUUCUUUUUAACUGCCCCCAAGUUUUAUGCGUGGUUAUCAGGUAUUGUUCUAUUGCAAUCCUGGCCUUCAUUCGGACUUGACUUGAUUUCAAGCUGAUACUAGAAAAGGAGGCUCAGGAUUAUCAUGGGUGCGUUUGAUGACAAUGUUGCUAUUAUGGGAGAUUGGGUGCCUCCUCCUAGUCCAAGCCCAAGAGCUUUCUUCUCUGCUCUGUUGGGCGAUGAGUUCGGCUCACGGUCAAUUCCAGAACCCUCUAUUCAAAACAAGAGUGGGGGGAUCUUUCCAUGGUCUCAUGGGCAAAUCAUAUCACAGAAAACAGAUGACAAGGAUCAAUUGACCAAUUCAAGUUUAUCCUCGGCGCAGAAAAUGAAUUCACGUGGAGGGCUUUUGGAAAGGAUGGCUGCUAGAGCUGGCUUUAAUGCUCCAAGGUUGAAUACUGAAAGCAUUAGACCAGCUUGCUUUUCUCAGAACCAAGAUGUUCGUUCUCCUUAUAUUACGAUUCCGCCUGGUCUCAGUCCGACGACGCUUUUAGAAUCUCCAGUUUUCCUCUCCAAUUCACAGGUUCAGCCAUCUCCAACGACCGGAAAGCUUUCAUUUGCUCCAAGUGCGAGUGGAAGAAACUUCAUGUUGGGUACUGAGGCCCCUAGUAGAAGCAAAGAUGAUUUCUUUGAAGACAUCAGUACCAUUACCUCAUCAUUUGCAUUGAAACAUGUUGCAGAAACAGGCCCCCAUCUUUCACUCAGUAAUACAAGCGGUCAUUCAAGCAAAAUAACUUUGUCAAAUCUUCCUCAACAAAAUUUUCCUACAAUUGAGGUUCCUGCUCAGCCAGAAAACUCUAUUUGGUCUCAAAAUAUUGAACCUGCUGAAGUGGAAUCUCUGAAUAGAACCACACUCCGCCAUCUUCGGGAUUCCUCUAGAAAGGAUGCAGAACAUUCACCACCACCCAGUGAGCAGCAAGACGAGGAAUCAGAUCAACAAGGUGGUGGAGAUGACACCGUGGUUGGUGGUGGCCCAACCGAGGAUGGGUAUAAUUGGAGAAAAUACGGACAAAAACAAGUAAAAGGCAGUGAGUAUCCACGAAGUUAUUUCAAAUGCACGCAUACAAAUUGUCCGGUCAAAAAGAAGGUGGAGCAAGCCCGUGACGGCCAGAUCACAAAAAUCAUAUACAAGGGCACCCACAAUCAUGCCAUACCAACACCUAAUCGGAGAUUAGUCAUUGGAUCUGACUUGCAACUCGAUAUUGAUGAUCAAUCAGAAGCACAUACUGUUGCUGAUGGUAAUCCAAGAUGGACAACAGUUCAAAAUGGAACGACUGGCGGAGCCUGCGAGUGGAGGCAGCCCAACCUUGAGGUGGCAUCUUCUGUUUCAAGGGGUGCUGAAUAUUGCAAUACACCAACGAAUGGCACUCACUCUGAAUCUGGUGAAGCAGUGGAUGCUUGUUCUACUUUUUCCAAUGAUGAAGAAGAAGACGAUCGUGGGACACGUGGCAGCACGCCAUUGGACUAUGAUGGGGAGGGAGAUGAGUCCGAGUCAAAGAAAAGGAAAAUGGAAGCUUAUGCAACAGAAAUGAGUGGGGCCACUAGAGCCCUAAGGGAGCCAAGAGUUGUGGUUCAAACAACUAGUGAGGUGGAUAUUCUUGAUGAUGGGUAUCGUUGGCGAAAGUAUGGGCAGAAAGUUGUGAAAGGCAAUCCAAAUCCAAGGAGUUACUAUAAGUGCACAAGUACUGGCUGCACGGUGAGGAAGCACGUGGAGAGGGCAUCGCAUGACCUCAAAUCAGUGAUCACUACUUACGAGGGGAAGCACAACCACAAUGUUCCUGCUGCUCGUAAUGGUCACUCCAUCGCCCCUAAUAAUGGACCGGCCCAAGGUGCCACUGCUGCUGCUGGUUCUGGUUAUGUUUCUGCCCAUCUUCAUAGGCCUGAGCCGUCUCAACCUCACAACGGCAUGGCCAGAUUUGAUCGGCCCACUGGGCUGAGUUCACUGGGCCUACCUGCAAGGCAGCAGCUGGGGUUGGGACCUCACAACGGGUUCAGUUUUGGAAUGAACCAACUGGGCCUUUCCGAUUUGGCAAUGGCCGGGUUGGGCCAAGGCCAGGGUAAACUGCAUGUUACGCCAUAUUUAGGGCAACAACUUCUAGGGAGUGAAAUGGGGUUCUUGUUGCCAAAAGAAGAACCAAAGGUGGAACCUCAUUCAGAACCUCCCCUGAAUUUUCCCCGCGGGGGGUCAUCAGUUUAUCAUCAAAUUAUGAAUAGGUUACCUCUUGGACCACAGAUGUAAAAUUUCCGUUUCCGUUUUUCAUUUUCUUUCCUUCUUAAUAAAGAAAGUGAAGGUCUAAAGAUAUAAGGUUCCGUUGGGGUAUAUGUGGAUUUUCAAACGACGGGAUUGGACAUUCCUAUUCAAUGAGAAUGGAGAAGAUUUAUAUUCGACA